GACUUCCGGGGCGUAGCAUCGCACUUUUUCUGCUUUCUAUACCGUUUUGAAAAGCUUGCUUUUCUGGGCGACACGUCUUCAAAGACACCCGUUCGACAACUUAUCCUCCUGGCGCGGGGCGUGCGAGCGGAUUGAGGCUCUAUCUCCAGCCCGGUUCGUUGCGCACAAAAGGCCGCUUUUCUCACUGCCACACAUCACGACGUUUCCUACCCACCACACAUCACAUCACAUCCCCCACCUCCGCACCCUAAGAAAAAUGACCAUCAUCCUCAGCACGAUCACCGCCAUCAGCGUGUCGCACACGAUGAUCCACCUCAACUCCCUCCUCUUCGCCUCCGCGCUCGCGCCGCACCUCCGCAUCCCGCUGAUCACCAUGUGCAUCUCGCACCUGAUCCAGCGCACGACGAUGGUGUUCUACCUGGACGCGUCGCUCUCGCGCAACUGUACGGCGCUCAUCGUCCUCGGCAACCUGUUCGGGAUCCUCACGUUCCGGUACAUGCUGAUCCACCUGCUGGGUGGGCUGUACCGGGCGAUGCGGAAGGGGGACGCGGUGGGGAAGUGGGUGACGGGGGUCAGCACGGGGCUGUGGGGGGCGAGCAGCACGGCGUUCAUGGAGCAUAUGAUCACGGCGCCGGUGGUGGAUCCGGGGACGUGUGGGCAGCAGCUGAAUGCGUGGAAGACGGCGGUGUACAACGUGUUGUUUUUGUUGAGCUUUUUGAGCGUCGCAGGCCCGACCAUCGCGUGCUUGGGAUGGCAUCUGAGGCUCGCGAGGAGUACGAGGAGUAAGGGGUUGGCGACCACGAGGGAGCGCGCCGCAGAGUACGUGCCUGCCCCCGGCGGCGCGGGGGCGGCGUCCACCACCCCCACGACCCCAAGGCUCCCUGCCAACACGAGCAUCGACGCAAUCGACGCGGUGUACUACCGGCAGCUUGUCUUCAUGCUGGUGUUCUCGACCAGCUACGUGAUCCUGUGCGCGCUGCAGUGGGUGAUUACCGAGUGGGGGUGGCUGAUGUUUACGUUUAUUUUGGAGGAUUAUUGCUGGUUGCAGGGGAUUCAGCUGUGGACGAUUCCGUUGCAGACCCAGAUGCAGCAGGCGCUGGGGUCCGGGGCGAGGACGACGAGGGAGGGAGGCAUGGAAGGGGGAUAUUCGGGGGGGAAUGUGCAUAGGCAUGGAUCGUUGAGAUCAGGGGCCGAGACGAAUAGGUCAACCUCGUUCGUGGCGUGAGAGAAACGGGGUUGUUUGGGGGAUGAUCACCCUUACGACAACGGGAGAAGAACCUCACUCAUCGCCUUUCGUGCCGGGGCCAAGCGAAACGAAAACGAAAAACGCCGGCCACCAUACUACCAAUGCAUACCGCCAUCGACGAUGUGCCUCCUGCGUGCGGAGUUUCAUAUCCACCACCCUACGACCGGGACCGGUAAUCCCUCCAUCGCUCACACCUCGCGCGCCGGUGUCACUUCUGGAGCGCCGGAACACAGUAAUAGAAUCGACUAGCACGAAUACUCCUCUGCCUUAAUAUACCCAUUCGUAGUCGUAAUAACCACCACCUUCGUGGAUCUAGAAGCAAGAACAAAAAUUGUCCACAGGAUCGCUAGAAGGAGUUAUCCGACACUCUAAAUAAAACCGGUCCAUGUGGGGUGUAUGGAACCAGAACCACC